UCCAAGUAAACGAGUCUUCCCCCAACUCUUCUUUCAUACCAAAAACCUCAAAACAAAAACUAAUCAUGAAAUUCUUGGUUUUGACUCUUAUCGUGUGCAUUGCAUGCAUUGCUCUCAUCAAUGCUGUGCCAAUUGAAGAAGCCAUACCCCAAGGUAUUGAUGAAGGUGCUGCCGCUUCAGAAACUAUUAAUCCUGGAGGCGAUCAAUCAUUCCUCUUGAAAUUGAAAUUGCUGAAAAAGCUCUUGUUCCUUGGUUAAACUUUAGUCUAUAGUUAAAAUAUAAACAUAACUCUAUUCGAGAAUAUCAAGCCAUAGAGAUCAUUCAAAAGCGAUCACCAUUUCAAGCACACCAUGUUCAUUUUGCACCUUUUGAGUUUUAUAAGAAUAUAUCUAGCUCUCGUAAUUUUCUGAAUUACCUCCAGUCUUAUUCGAAUUGUUCAAAGUAUUCAUCAUUUAGUUAUAAGUAAAACAAGAGUCGUGUAGCUGAUUACAAAUAGAAAAUAGCCGUAAACACACAAAAUA